CUACUAUCGUCAUUUUCAUCCUCUGUAUUGCGCACUGUACACACUUACUUCCUCUACCCUCCUAUGCAGCCGUAAUGGCAGUCUACUGCUGGUCGACUCCUGGAGAAAUCAUGGCGACGAUCGAGAUACUCACCCUCUUGGUACUCUCCUCCUACGCAGCCGCGUUAACCACCGACGGCCUGGCCCUUCUCGCUCUUAAAUCGGCCGUCUCCGUCGAUCCCACCGGCGCCCUCGCCGCCUGGCUCGACUUCGAUGACACCCCCUGCUCCUGGACCGGAGUCACCUGCAGCCUCGGCCGAGUAUCUGCCCUCGCCCUUCCUGACCGGGAGCUCGCUGGCUACCUCCCUUCCGAGCUCUCUCUCCUCUCUGAACUUCAGAUCCUGUCCCUCCCUGGGAACCGCCUUUCUGGCCCCCUUCCUGCCGCUCUCGCCGUCUUCCGUGGGCUCACUGAUCUCGACCUGUCGCGAAACAACCUCUCUGGCGCUAUCCCUACCGAGAUCGGCCAGUUGACCUCCCUUGCCCACCUCGACCUCUCCUCCAACCUCCUCGCGGGGCCCCUUCCAUCGUCCAUUGCCGCCCUUCCGCAUCUUUCAGGCGUGUUAAAUCUCUCCUACAAUCAUCUCUCGGGCCCGAUUCCACUUGCUUUUGGCAACAUUCCAGUAGAUGUGAGCCUCGACCUCCGCCAGAACAACUUUUCCGGCGAAAUCCCACAGGUCGCUCCUCUCUUGAGCCAGGGCCCCACGGCCUUCUCCGGGAACCCUGACCUCUGCGGUUUUCCACUGAAGAACCCCUGUCCUGCUGCUAAGCAGGAUCCUAAGAUUCCCCAACCCAACCCUAGCCUCAAUAUGAACCCGAGUGAUGGAACCUUACGUCCUGUAGCAUCGGAGAAGCAGAAAAGUCCUGUUGGUACUGUCGCAAUCCUCGCCGUCGUCCUCCUUAUCGCUCUCAUCGCAAUGUUUGUCCUGCAGUGGCAGCUCCGAAAGCGUCGCUCCGCUGGGCCAUGCAAAGAGUCUAGUCACGAAAAGAGUUCCUCUCCUGGUUUCAGCACCACUAUCACUGGUGGCUCGGUGACCGGUGAACGGCGUGAGGGGCACGCGUCGGAAGUGUACGCUGCUGUCGACGAGGGGUUCGGAUUGGAGCUGGAGGAGCUACUCCGGGCGUCAGCGUACGUGGUGGGAAAGAGCCGGAGCGGGAUCGUGUACAAGGUGGUCGUGGGGCGUGAGGGCUCUGCCGUCGCAGUGCGCCGCCUCAGUGAAAAUGAUGAUGGUGAUGGCUCCAGCGGGGGAGAUGAAUGGAGGCGACGUCGUGCGUUCGAGACGGAGGCAAUCGCUAUUGGCCGGGCCAAGCAUCCCAACGUGGUUCGCCUCCUUGCUUACUACUACGCUCCUGACGAGCGCCUCCUCAUCUAUGAGUACAUUCCCAAUGUCUCCCUCCAUGCAGCUCUACACGGUGGACCCUUAAAUCCGACGACUCCGCCGCUUCCAUGGGCGGCGAGGCUCAGCAUACUCCAAGGGGCAGCUCAGGGCUUAGCUUAUCUGCACGAAUUUAAUCCCCGCAAGCACGCCCACGGAAGCAUCGCAUCGUCAAAAAUUCUCCUUGAUGACGAUUUGCGGCCGCACAUCUCUGGAUUCGGCCUCGCUCGGCUCGUCGCAGCUGGCUCGCAGGACAAGAUGCCCCAUUCGUCCAAAAAUGUGGCGUCGCCCAGGGCGGCGGUAGGAUACACGCCUCCGGAGAUGCGGGAUUCGACGGGCGCGUCCACAUGGACUCAGAAGGGAGAUGUGCACGCUUUCGGCGUGGUGGCGCUUGAGGUGGUUACGGGGCGUCCGGCGGAUAGUGAGCUGGAAGGGUGGGUGCGGCAGGCUUUCAAGGAGGAGCGACCUCUGUCGGAGGUGGUGGACCCAUCGCUGUUGCACGAGGUGCACGCCAAGCGGGAGGUGCUCGCCGUGUUCCAUGUCGCGCUUGGGUGUACUGAGGCCGACUCCGAGCUGCGGCCCAGGAUGCGGUCCGUAGCUGAAAACCUCGAUCGAAUUAGCGCAUCUCGCUGAUCUGUUGGCCGGGAAACGGAAUAAAAUUUUGUUGAGCAACUGAUGGCAAUCAAUGUGAUUGGCAUGGUCCACUAGUCUUCGCAGCAAUUAUUAGCUUCUUUUGGUAAGUGUUUUUUUUAGUAGAUUGGAGAGGAGUACUCACUAGCUUCAGUGCUUGUCCAUUUGUCUGAUUCCAAAUCACAACUCGUGAAUUUAUCUAGGACAUGAAUCCCUGAAUAUUAAUAGGAAUAGUUAUGAUGAUCCACAUAAUAGGAAGAGUUAUGAUGGUCCAAUUCCUUAAUCAUUAUAACUGCUUUUUCCACUCUAAUA